AUGGCGAACAAUAUGUUGGUUUUACUUAUAUUCGCACUGACAAUGCUAUUCAUCGUCCAUGCUCAAAAUGGCACUACCAUAUUCUGUGAGCACCGUGGUCCUAUUUUCAGCUGUCCUAAAAACACAUGUGCACGAAUUGGAGUAGCUCGAAAAGGCUUCACUUACCCUUCCCAGUGUUAUGUCAUUCGAAUACCAAAUCCAGACAUUCCCGGUGAAAGUCAACAAUGGUUCCGACUGAACGUGACGUCAAAUGAAACUGGUUAUGUCAAUGGAUUCUUCUGCAUAGGCAGUGUCCCUCGUUGCAAACGUAACCAGGAUCCUAACUAA